CACCAAUCCCACACGACCUGGCCGCUUUCUCGCGUGCAUAACGCAGAGAGUAAAUCCAUCUUCCCACAGCAUGAGUUGUCUCUGCAGCUCAGCAUCGCUGCGGAUAUUUGUCCGCAGUCUUGCGCAGGUGCACAACUUGGGCCCGAUCCCACUCCGGCCGCUGGUAGCACGACCACCCCCGACGGCCUCUCGAUUCCAGCAGCUGGACAGCGUCCGUCGUUUGCAUGGGACGUCCUUUCGACAACAAGAGAAUGAGUCGCCUCGAACUAAUCUUGCAACCGAGUCUGCGUCAUCGAAUGUAGAUGAAAUACCGGCGAACCUACACAUCGCCGACAAGGCCGCGCCUGAAGAGGCAUCCGAUAGUGUAUCUGCAACCCCUUUGCCGCGAGCGAGCCGCCCGAAGCGAGACGGUGCAAACACAUCCAAACGAAAUUCGAACAGAACCAACAAAAGUUCGUCCACAUACAAAGAAAAGAGACGAAGCGAGAAGCCGACAGAACCAUUUAUGAAUGGCAUCCAGCUGCUGCGCAGACCAACAAUGCCCGAGACAACCACGGACUGGAAGUCGCAAAAGGCUGCUCUCAAGGAAAAGUUCCCUGAAGGCUGGAAACCCAGAAAGCGACUUUCUCCAGACGCCCUGGCUGGUAUUCGAGCUCUCAACGCGCAGUUUCCCGACGUCUACACCACCGAUGCUCUGGCUGCCAAGUUUGAAGUCUCGCCUGAGGCCAUCCGCCGUAUCCUGAAAAGCAAGUGGCGCGCAUCCGCCGAGGAAGAAGAGGACAGACAGGGCCGCUGGUUCCGUCGCGGAAUGCAAGUCUGGGAGCGCAAGGCAGCGCUGGGCUUUAAGCCGCCUCAGAAGUGGCGCCGUGAAGGCGUCGGCCGCGAGGGCAUCUACCAUACACAAAAGGAGAAGAGAGCGCAGUAUGAGAAGAACUGGGAACAGAACGAGCGGGAUCAGUACCGCCGAUUCCUGAACCAGCGACGAGGGGGUAAUGGCAGCGGCAGCGGUAGAGACUCUGGCUCGGGAGAGGGCUCGGCUGAGGGCCUAUAGAGAGGCCUUUGUACUAUAACAACACCCAACAUUGUAUUAUAUGGCAUAUUUUUUUAUUGGUCUGAUGACGUUGAAGAAGACGAUAAAGGACUAUGGGAUUCAUGUAUAAAAUAAGCUCAACUUAAUAUACCCCAAUUAUAUGGCAUAUAGACAGCCGU